GUUUUUAACCCUCGAUGCUCGUUUUACGCUCGACCCUCAACUCCUUGCGGUGACAGCAGAGUAGGCAAUGGCGGAUUACGGCGACGGCAACAAGCUCCGGCGAUCGACGGCGACAGACAGGUUCUUUCGUCCAGGAAUGUUGAGCUGUUUUUAGGGUACUACGUUAGCUGCAUAAAAAAGAUUGACAAAAUUGAAAAUUUUCAUGAUAGUGAAGUAGGUUAUGUAAACAACCAGCGAGAGGCAUCUGAGAAGUUUAUUCUGGAACUUCUACCUGCUGAAAGAAGCUUGCAAAGUCAAAGCUUGGAAGCAGAUCUGGUACUCUGUGCAGUGGGUUCUAAGCCAUUACUGCCUUUGGUUGGUCCCAACAAUAGUGCCUGUUUCCUCCAAAUGCUGGUGAGCAAGCAGAAAUUGAUGAUACCCUGAGAGUGAAGGGUCAUCCACGUAUAUUUGCCGUUGGUGAUUCUGCUGGCUUCAGGGACUCCUGCGGGAGACGUGUUCCAGCUACUGGCCACUCAGGAUGGUUAACAAGGGAGUUGAAGUGUUUGAGGAGUCAAUGGGACAGAAUAAAAGUGAACCAUUUCUGCCAUGGAUGAGGAAUCCAGUGGAUGUUGAUUCUUAUGAAGAAUGCACUCUCGAAGUUGUUCCUUACUUAGAUCCCAGGUUGGUGAAGGCUUUACAAAAAAUGGGAAUCAAUUCACUCUUUCCGAUUCAAGUGGCAGUCUGGCAAGGGACGAUUGGACCAGGUGGCUGGGAACGUGACUUAUGCAUAAACUCACCAACAGGAAGUGGCAAGACCUUGGCUUAUGCUUUACCAAUUGUCCAAAUGCUCUCUACUCGUAAAUUGAAACGCUUGCGGGCUUUAGUUGUGCUGCCUACUCGUGAUCUUGCACUGCAGGUCAUGGAUGUCUUUUCUGCUAUUGCACCUGCAGUUGGGCUACAAGUAGGCAUUGCUGUUGGGCAGUCUUCAAUGGCUGAAGAGGUUUCAUCUCUGGUACAGAAGCCCAAGUUCCCUAUGGAAUUCUCUUGUGAUCCACCAGAUCUCUGCUCGUCACUAACAAGUUCUGUAGACAUACUUGUAGCCACACCAGGGCGAUUGAUGGACCAUUUAAAUACCACCAAAGGUUUUACACUAGAGCAUCUUUGCUAUCUAGUUUACAGCAGGAAGAAGAAGGAUGUGAUGGAAGAUGUUGAUGUUACCAAUCCCAAUCUUCCCAAUCUUGUGACCACCCCGGAUGAUCCAAGUCCAAUGAAUGAAGAACUUCCCAUAGCUCUGCGCAAGGGCACCAGAUUGCUGAGGGAUGCAUAUCAAUCUUGGUUACCGACUGUUCUUCAGCUCACUCAAAUGAAUGAACAACAAAUGCUCAAAUAUGAAGGGUCACCAACUUUUGGGCCAUUGAGAACCUUGAGAAGAUUGGGCCCUGGGAGAGGGUUGUGGAAUAAAAGAUAUCCAAGAGUCAUGAAGAUGUCCCUUUCUGCUACAUUGACACGAGACCCUAGCAAGCUUUCUCAACUUAAUCUAUAUCAUCCUUUAUUCUUGACAACUGGUGCAUCUGGUACACGGUAUCAACUCCCUAGCCAGCUAGAAUCUUACAAACUGAUUUGUGAUUUAAAGAUGAAACCCCUUUAUUUGUUUAUGCUUCUUCAAAAGUUAAGUGGAGAGAAGAGCAUUAUCUUUACGUCAUCCGUACGAUCGACCCACAGACUUUGUACAUUAUUGAAUUGCUUUGGUGAAUUACCUUCUAAAAUUAGUGAAUAUUCUCGUCUUCAGCAUCAAUCUGUGCGAAGCAUAACACUUGAUGCCUUUCGGGCAGGCAACAUACAGGUCAUUGUUGCUUCAGAUGCCAUGACUCGUGGUAUGGAUAUUGAAGGGGUCUACAAUGUCAUUAAUUAUGACAUGCCUUCAUAUAUCAAGACAUAUGUUCAUCGGGCUGGUCGCACUGCUCGUGCAGGUCGACCUGGGCGUUGCUUCACAUUACUGAGGAAGGAUGAGGUCAAGCGCUUCAAGAAGAUGUUACAAAAGGCUGGUAUCAGUAAGUGUAGCGUAUAUCCACUUGCAUCAGAUUCGGUUGAACGCCUUAUGCCUGUUUAUUCAUCUGCAUUAGAAAAAUUGAAAGAGUUAGCAGAUUCAGAAGAAAACAAGCCAGCUUCACGGCGUCCAGCCAAAACGAGGGCCACAGUCAAAGUGGGAAAGUAGCUGCCUACUUUCAGUAGCUCGGCUUUCUCAUCGUUUCAGUUUGAGCGUCAACCCUGCCAUUUCAGUAUUGGAGAGGCGCUCCUAUAAACAGGCUCACAGCAGAGAUGAACGGGCACAGAACGAUCACGUUUUCUAUUCAAUGCCCAAUUAAUAUUUUAUACAUUUUUAAUUCCGUAUGAGCUAAUUCAUGUCGUAAUUUGCAAAGGUUAUGUAUUCAAGUAACUUCCAGCCAUUCAUAA